AUGGCCAUGAAGUAUCCCAGCCAUGUUGUGAAACUCUUUCAAGCUGGUGCACCUAUACAAUACAAAAAGCCAGUGGAUUACCCAAUAGAACAACGUAAGACAGCCAAUAAGAUCCAAGGACUAAAAGACUAUUUAUCACAGCUAAGUGAUUAUUCGUCACAGCAUGCUCAUGGCUCAGAAAAUCGCCACCUGGAUGCGUACGAUGCAGCCGAACUCAAGCGGCAAAGUGAAACGGAAGAAUUGCAAAAUAAACUCUCACAUUGGAACGCGCAGGAGGACGCUAAUGUGGCCGACAGUGAUCCUUACAGGACUAUAUUUAUUGGCAGACUGCCGUACAGUGUAACGGAGGUGGAAUUACAGAAACAUUUCAUCCGAUUUGGUGAGAUUGAGAAAGUUCGAGUUGUUCGGGAUAAAACCUCGGGCAAGAGCCGAGGCUAUGGUUUCAUCACCUUCCUAGAAGAAACUUCAGCACGAACUGCUUGUCGAGAAAUUGGUGUACAUCGAGGCAUGGACAUAGAGGGCCGACAAGUUAUUGUAGAUAUUGAGAGGGGAAGAACUGUUAGAUAUUUCACUCCUAGGCGGUUAGGCGGUGGUCUUGGUGGCCGUGGCUACAUGAAGAGGAACAAGUUAGCCAAGCUAGAGCUUUCGGCGGCUUUAGAGUCUAGAGAACAGAGCAGAGACGCCCGAGAGGGACCCAAAGCAGGCGGAUUCCCUAGAAGUGUCCCUCCACGAAGCAGGUUUUCUGGCUACAAAAAUACGACGGGACCUAACGCAUCCUAUAGCCCAGGUUCCAAUCAGUGGGAGAAAACUACAUCUUACAGAUCUCGAAGCACAAGAACUAAUAAUAUUAAUAGAUUCAGUUCCGGUGCCCACCCCGAGUACUAA